AAAAAAUUUACUUUACCCAUUCAGUUUUCAAUUAGCACCAUGACAGACAAGUUGAACAUUUAUUGCUUCAUUGGCUCUUUGCCAUCUCGAGCAGUUAUAAUAUUGACAAAAGUUUUGGACAUUCCAGUUGAGUUAAAUGCCGUCAAUAUUCUUAAAGGUGAACAAAAUAGUUAUUGGUACAAGAAGAUUAAUCCAGUCAUGAAAGUUCCUGCUUUGGCUCAUGGAUAUUUCACAUUAAGUGAAUCGAGAGCAAUCAUGGCUUAUCUUGUUGAUACUAAGAUGCCUGGAGGAUGUGGAUUGUAUCCAAAGGAUCCAAGAAAGAGAGCAAAGGUUGAUGAAAGAUUGUUUUUCGAUGCAACAACUUUCUUCCCUAAAGUCAGCAGCAUUCUUCAAGCAUAUAUGAAGAACAAAUCAGAAUGCGAUCGUAAACAAGCUAUUGAAGACCUUAUGCCAGUUCUUAAAACUAUGGAAGAAUUCUUGAGUGAAACUGAAUACUUUGCCUGUAAUGAGAUGACAAUUGCUGACAUUUCCAUGUUUCCGACCGUAACAACUGUUUAUGAUAUUGGAAUUGACCUGUCUAAGUUUCCAAAGCUAAUCAGUUGGUGCCAAAAAAUGCAAAAAAUUCCUGGAAAUGAUAUCAAUGAAGCUGGAGGCAAAGUUCUAUUGGAAGCUUUGGGAAUGAAACCAAAAUUGUAAAUUACUGAAGAAUUUUUUAUAAAUAAAAAGUCAAGCAG